AUGUCCGCUUACAACGGUGUGCCCGAAAUCACGUUAUCAAAGAAGUGCGCUAAAUAUUUACUGACAAGAAAUGCCGGCGAGAAAGCACUGUUCAGAAAAGAGUCUUUUCUGAUAGAAAAAGCAAAAACAAAGCAGGAAAAAGCGUUUCGGAGAGAAAGAGAACUGCUUAUACAUCGCGAGUUUAGAAACCGAGAACUGAUUCAAGCAACACAGCUGUAUGGAAGAACAAGCGUCACAUUAAAAAAGAUUUCAAGAUCCAAUAAAGGAGACAGUGAUUGGGAGGUAAAGAGUGAUACUUCGUACGCAAGGCAGCGAAGAAGACCAGGAGUUUUGUUCAAC